CACUGGGUUUUCGGGGACCUCAGAAGUGCCUCGUAUUCCAAGCGAAGCGGAAGCAACCAAUCUCCCGAAAUGGAUUGCAUCAACAUAUUUGUUCCAGGUCUUGUCCUGCUAUUGAUUGUGAUGGUGCAGUGCCACCCCCAGUUCGAUAACGGAAACCCCUGGUUGCGGCCUCAGCCACCCAUUCAACCUCCGAUAGCUCCGAAUGCAGAGAGCAGCACCCCGACGACCACUGCUCAACCAACCACCCAGUCGCCGCGCUACUUCGCCUGUUUCCAUUCGUGCCCGGCCACCAGCGAGUACAAUCCCAUCUGCGGCAGUGAUAACGUCAACUACUACAAUGAAAACAAGUUCAAGUGCGCCUUAGCCUGCGGCUUAGACAUCCUGAGGCUGCACGAGGGCAUUUGUUAGACCCAGUCUAUGUCUAUAUCGAUUCACUUCAGUUCAUGUGUUUGUAAAUAUGAAGGUGUUGCAAAUACUCUUUUCAACGUCUGAUCGAUGACAUCAUAUAAUCGAAUAUAAAUACAUAUGUACUUUAAAUCUUA